CGCUGUCCGACAGCGGACCGAGAGGUUCCUGCUGCCCGAGGCGGUUCACCGGGAAGCAGAGCCUUCUUUGGCUCGGCCUGACAAGCCGGUGAAAUGGCGACUGCCGGCCCUUCGGGGAGCGGGAUGGCCCAGAAAACGUGGGAGAUGACUAACAACAUGCAGGAGGCACAGAGUAUCGAUGAGAUUUACAAGUAUGACCGCAAGCAGCAGCAGGAGAUCCUGGCGGCCAAGCCAUGGACCAAGGACCACCAUUAUUUCAAGUACUGCAAAAUCUCUGCCUUGGCUCUUCUGAAGAUGGUCAUGCAUGCUAGAUCAGGAGGCAACUUAGAAGUGAUGGGCUUAAUGCUUGGAAAAGUAGAUGGUGAAACGAUGAUCAUAAUGGACAGUUUUGCUUUACCAGUGGAAGGCACUGAAACCAGGUUGGUCGUCUAGAAAAUGCAAUUGGCUGGUAUCACAGCCAUCCUGGCUAUGGUUGCUGGCUUUCAGGAAUUGAUGUCAGUACACAGAUGCUUAAUCAACAAUUUCAAGAACCUUUUGUAGCUGUGGUUAUUGAUCCAACAAGGACAAUAUCUGCAGGAAAAGUAAAUCUUGGAGCUUUUAGGACAUAUCCUAAGGGCUAUAAACCUCCUGAUGAGGGCCCUUCUGAAUAUCAGACUAUCCCACUUAAUAAAAUAGAAGAUUUUGGAGUGCACUGUAAACACUGCAAAACCACAAUAGAAGCAAUACAUGGACUGAUGUCUCAAGUUAUUAAGGACAAGCUUUUUAAUCAAAUUAACAUUGCCUGAAGAAUAUCAUCAUCUGAUACUUAUGUUCAGGAUAGAGAAGACAUGCCUAUUUGGACUAAUUUCAGAACUGGAACUUGAGCCAAAAUGGAGAUUUUCGAUGGAUUUGUAGUACUUUAAAUCAUUCUUUCCCACUUCUUUGCCUAGUUUUAAGGACAGUUUACGAUAACAUUGCCUAGUUUACGAUAACAUUUUGUUGAUUGCUUCAAAUAAAUAAAUAGGUUGUAAAAGUUCAGAAGUUAUCUGUGUCAGUCUGCAAUAAAGAUCUCUUAAAAUGUC